ACGACAAGAUGACAUCAGUCGAGACUGUUGAAAGUCAUGUUUUAUCAACUUGUUUGUCAGGAGCUCGCUUCGCCUUAAAAACUGUUCAUACGUAGAGCAUGUCCUUGCGUAUCAAAUUAACCGAGAGACAAAAACUCCAUAUGCCGCUGAUGAAGUGGACCAAAAGCAUAUCUGUAGACAACCCGCUGAGGGACCCUGAAACACAUGUGACGUCACGCCGUAGAUUCUGAAGGGAAGAUUGAAAAACCAUCAGCUCCUCCAACAGAUUUACAAAUAGUUUUAUUUUUUGGGGAGUUUCCUGCUUUAUAUAAACAUUAUGGAUAGUAACGAAUGAUAAGAGUGACACACAGAAGGAACAGCUGAUUCCCCAUAUAUGUGACGGUUACCACGGUAACUAUAACUUCUUGGAGAUGAGACUGCUGUGUAUGCCUGCCCUCACUGCGCUGAUAGUGAUAACGAUCCAUGUCUGCCAUGCUGGGGGAGUAGCCAUUGUUGACUACAAACACGAGGAUUGUCGGUACCACGUCCACUUUCAUCCUUUGUCUUGGAGCGAGGCUUACAACGUAUGCAAAGACAAGAAUCAAACCCUGCUGAAAUUAGACGAUUUGGCAGAACAUACUAAAAUACAUUCUAUUGUGGAUUCCAAAAUAAAUAAAGUCCUGGGCUCCUCAUUAGACUCAGUUUGGAUUGGACUUCAUGCCACUUCUCAAGGCGGAGAUUUACAUCAUUUCUGGCCCGACUGUGGCCAGCUGACCUCCUACACAGGCUUUAAUCCCUGGCAGAGUUCUUCAGAGGAUCAGAAAGAAGGGUGUGUCAUGUUCCUCCCAUCAUCCACCUACUACUCCGCAGUGAAUUGCUAUUCUUCACUUCCUUAUAUUUGCGAAAACAUAGAAGCAGAUCCAGUCCAGUGUUUCUUCCCUGAGACGAACGAUGUAGUCAAAAGUUCAUUUUCAGUUUCAUUCAUAUACCACACUGUAGACCCGUUUUCUUGUGCUAAAAUAUGUCAUGAAGAUAGUUCCUGUGCAGGUGUAAUGCACGGCGGUAGCUGUGAAAUCCUCGCCAGCGUAAACCCCCCACAAGCUCUAGCCGCUCGUUACGAUUUAUACCUUGACAGUGUAAUCGAUUGGAUUCAGUAUACAUCUAUGGCCUCAUCGAUUCCUCCCAGGGAUGCCUGCAGUGUGACGUCACACAGUACACUUCUGACAACGCCAACCGCCCUCUAUGCUUCCUCUGAGUCGGUGACCACGUCAGCUGAACCCACCCUCACAACAUUAUUCCCCAGUACAACCCCACCCUCCCCAUCUAGCACUGCCACACUCAGUACCCCUCAUCUUCAGACAGUGACCGGCUCCAUCCAUUCAUCGCCUGUAAUGUCGUCAUUAUUAUCAUCGUCAACCUCCGUGUGUUAUUGUCCCUGUGUGAACAAUGUUACGUACACCCCUCAAGAACUUCAACAGAAGAUAGAGAAGAUGAAGUCCGAGUUAACAGUAGAGGCAAAACAAACCAACAAAUACAAGAGGAGUCUGAUUAGCGUGCCCGACUCCCGGCCGUCAGCCCAGGGCAUCGGGAGCAGCGUAGGGGUGCUGACUCUGGGCAUUGUCAUCGCCUUGCUUGUCGCCUUUGAUUUUCCUCGUGCUUCUCGUCAUACAUUGAAAAUUGUCAGAAUGGCAAAAGCGAGGUUCAUGAAAAACCAACCUUGAUAUUAGUGACUGACAGAUUGAAUGUUCUAUUGUGCUCGGUCUAUUUAAGAUGAAAUUUAAAGAUAGUUUAAUUUGUCUUGAAAAACAGGUUUGGGAAGUCUUCUUAUUUUUAAGUAUUUUUCUGCUGGAUCGAUGCUCUGCUCGAUUUCAUGAAUAUUGAUGAAUUCGUUUUAAAUCCAUCACUGCCCCAUUCCCAUUUUUAUAUGUGACAGACACAUAAAUAAAUAUUUAAUUGUUAUCUAUAAAGUACUAUAAUAUACGAAAGACAAAUAGGGCCAUAUAAAAAAUAUCUCGUUUUUACAAGUUAAUUAUCUCGUUAUUACGGUCUUUUAUAACAAUAAGAUACGGUUUUAUAAUGAUAUAUUGAUUUAAGAUUUUUUUAAAAAGAUAUAUUUUAAGAUUCUUAAUAUUUUAUAUGUAUGCA